AUGAUCAUGGUCACAACACGACCAAAAGCCACAGUGGAAAGAAUGUGGGAACUCAGACUGAGAUUCCACAGAAACACAGUUGCCGUGCAGGUCUGGGGCUGCAGCGAAUGCCUGAGCCUGGCACAGGUACCGGAAGGAGCCAGUGACACCACGUGUGUGCGGUGUGAGCAAUCCUUUAAACUCCUAGGAUUUCUUGAUGUUAAAAGUGUCCCGUGUGCACGAGAGUCAGUGCUCUAUGGCUCCGUGGGAUCUUUAGUUGUGGGCCUUGGACAUUUUGUAGCAACUAGUAGAGUUAGAAGAUCUUGUGACUUUGCAGUUGGUGGCUUUAUUUGCACAAUGUUAGGAUACUGGUUUUACUGCAGGUACAAUUUGGCCCAACAGAGGAUCCGGCAAAGAAUGAUUAGAGAAGGAAUGAGAAACAAACUUUUAUAUGAAGGCAGUUCUCUUGAUCCAGAGAGAAAACAAACUGGCAAUGAAAGAAGUGAUUCAUAG